UAUCAGCCUCUUACUCUUGCUCUGUGUCUUUUGUUGCAGAUUCUCGCACGCUUCCUGCUCAUCUGCAUUUUCUGCGCUAUCUGUCCGUUCGUGCUGGCAGUUUUCUAUGACCACGUAUGCAUACGAAUCGAUUUUGUAGCUUAGAAAGAGGCGAAGGGCUAACGAAACGCUGCUGUUGCGUGCUGCAGGAUGAAGCCAGCAUGUCGUUCGCGCAGUGGCUUGGUAUUCGGUCGGAAGGCCUGGUGCAAGCAGUCGUGAUCCCGCUGUUUGUGACUGCUGUGCUCUUCACAGGCUCAUUGUUGGCCAACGCAUUGCGGUUGCUCAACGUGUCGAAGCAGUUCCACUCGAACGGAUUGUGGUUCGCAAUCAAGAACUCGGCGCUGUAUUACUCCAUCACGCACGACCGUCUACCAUCGUUGCGCACUUAUGUAUUGGGUCCACUGACCGAGGAGUUUGUGUUUCGGAGCUGCAUGGUUCCACUACUCGUGUGCGCUGAAUUCACUGUCAAGCAGAUUAUACUGGGCAGUCCGCUGAUGUUUGGAGCAGCACACUUGCAUCACUUCCUGGAGUACGUUCGGCACGGACGGUCUCCUAAGGACGCGGCGUUGACUGUUGGCUUCCAGCUCCUGUACACCUCCUUGUUUGGAGCCUACGCUACCUUCAUUUUCUUGAGAACAGGGCACUUCGCGUCAAUUUUUCUCGUGCACGUAUUCUGCAAUGUCAUGGGGUUCCCCGACCUCUCGUUUUUCAACCCUGAGAGCUCGUUGCAUCCUUAUCGAUUAGGUACGUUUCGUCUGAAUAGCUCAUGAUGGAGACAACAUCUGAAAUGUGUGUAUUUUGUGGUGAUAGUGCUCCUCGGGGCUUAUUUCUUCGGCAUUUAUGGUUUCUCUCUUCUCCUAAUGCCACUGACGGAACCAGCAAUUUAUUCGUCCGGGAUGUGGAACAUGACGGCGUCCGCAACAGAGCACGAGCUUGUGUUUGGCUACACGGAAACUUUGUAAGACGCAGCUAUCCAAGAUGUUUGUUUUCCUCCACGCAAUGUAUUCGCCAGUGGGCAACACACUAUAGAGCAUUUCAUAAACGAAAGUGUAAGACCACUGAGCUACUGCGACAGUGUCGUACGGUUUUGCAGUUCACAUGAUUACACAUUUACUCGGUUGCGUCGGGUUACUCCUGCGACUGCGUUCCUCAUCGAUGCGGAAUCCUCAGACGCUACAACCACCUCCAGCAGUAAUAUAUCGCCGUAAUUGACACUGGAUCUACUCGAAUAAAUGCUCCUCGUCCGUAUUGCGAUCAGGCGUGGCAGUGGCAUCUCCAUUCGUGACAGGAUCUUGGUUCUCGGGGUGAGGCACAAUCCGCCCUUCAAGGGCCCCUUGCACAACGGCAAUGCGAUCUUCCAGUUCGCGAGCAUGAGACUACACGGCAAGUAAAAAAAUUAAGCGAAGAUUGUUACGACACUGCUAUGUUGCGCCUCACCUUGCUUUGCGAGAGUUCUCUCUGUAAGUUGAUGACCUCAGCUCGUAGCGCCAUGUGAUCCGAAGUCAGUUGAUCAACGAGUUUGUCCUUGUUUCGCAGUCGUUGCCUCAAAUUCUGGACAUCACAAGUGAGCAAGUCAAUGGGGAACACAACUCUGUCUAACAAACAAAUGGACACUGACCUUGUUUGCUAGUCGGAGUUCAGCGGCAAGUCGGCCUUCGCCCACAGAGAAUCCACCAGUCCCGCCUAG